UAGCGUAAAACAAUAAUGGCGUAAAAUGAAAAGCUGUGAUCGUUCUUACUACAUUGAGGAUCAAAAAAUAAUAAUUUUACUAUAAACGUCUAAGAGAUGCUUAAUGCCGGCCCCGAGGUUUAAGCCGUUUCUGGCUAAUGAACCCUCGACUUCAGAUGAAGUAUCAACAUUGGAACUCUUUCUGAAGAAGCAAUUGGAAGACGACGUAGCAAGAAUAUUCGACGAGUCUAUCUAUUCCGAUUUUGAAGUAGUUUGCGGAAAAUCGAAAAUACUAACCCAUUCUUGUAUACUAAAAGCACGUACAAAUCAGUUUUUUCAUAAGCUUGAGGCUAUAUUGCAUGUGAAUAUCGACCGUAACACUUUUGAUGAAAUUUAUUCAUACAUAAGUGAUGUUUACACCGAAUGCGACAUCAAGAGCCAAGAAAAGCAAAUUUUAAACUUUUUAAAGAGUAACGUGAAAUUAUCUGAUGUAAAACAAUCCAACAAAAACAAAGAAGACGUUAUUGACUCAGACAUUUUUCUCACACCCAAAUGCUUAAGCCCCUACAUAGAAAAUAAAUUUGAACCGAGCUCUUGUCUCAGUCCAAGUGUCGAAAUAACUAAGCAGUAUUAUGCGCUGGUACCUGGUAGUUUAGAGCAAGAACUGAUCGAACAAGAUGCGCUGUCAUCCGCUUUUAAAACUAUAAUCGAAACGCAAGAUAAGGAGCUGAGCAAAAUCGUGAAACGAUCCAAACCUUCUUCGCUAUCUCUUUCUUCUAGUCACUCUUCACAGAUUAAACGUUCCAGUAGUUGUGAUAUUCUUAACAAAACCUCCUGUGAUAUUACUAAAACAGAUAAUUCUUGCUACCCAAAUAAAAACUUGGACUCGGAUUUGUUGAGCAAAAUAAAAUCUGAAGAUUGUUCUGAUUCAAUAAACGACAAGAUCGAUCAAGCGUAUUCCCCAGACAGUCUAAUCACGGAUGACCCGAGCUCCUCGUCUGAUUAUUUAUCUGCCGCUCAUACUUUUUCACCAGGCGUAAAUACUACUGGAUUCUCUCAGUUAAAUGUUGGGGAAAGUAUCAACAAAGUGGAUAACAUAUUUACGUCAUCUGAUUCUGGAUUCGAAAAUACUGGUAUGAUGGAGAGUCUCAGUAGCCAUAAGGAUGUAACGAUAACUGAUCUUUCCAUGACCGAGAGCAUUAUUCAAGACAUAAUGCCACUAGAUACAAAUGAAGCUCUCAAUCCGAGUAAUACAUCUACUGAACAACCAGAAUCUUACUAUUCAUUUAAUUGCAACUCUUCCUCUAAUAUUUUAAACUCAAGUGCUCCAAUACCAAUAAAAGAUUCCUCGUUAAGAAGUUUUACAUCUGAUAGAAGUGAUGGAGGUACAAUAAGUAUGAAUAGUAUGGAUAAGUCUAAUGAAACCCCUACAAAUGUAAAAAAAUCUAGAUAUAAUGAGUCGACGCCUAUACUAUCAGGUGGAAGUCUUCUAGAAAGUAUCGAGUCUCUCAAAAGUACAACGCAACCUAAUAGCCCCUCAAUCAGAAGAAAAGUAGAUAAUAUACCUAUAGUAACCGGUUCAUUUGUUGAAAGUGAACCGAAUAUCGUAGCACCGAAACCUCCUAAGACAAACACUUCGUCCGCAUGGGUUAUAGAUUUAUCUGCGAUAGAAGACAAGGAGAUUUCGCGUCAAGACUUUAGUGUUAACAAACCGUGUGACAGAACAUGCGAAAGUCUUAAAAGUGAAGUAAGAAGUUGUAGUACGUCAGAAAACUGCUCUAAAAGCAGAAGUUCUGUUGACUCUGAUGGUAGUGAAAAGUCUAGUCAUAAAUUUUAUAUUGAUUUUUCUAGUAUACCGGAUCCUUUGCCGCAGGAAAAAACGGUUAACAACGAUAACAAAACAGAGAAAAAGAAUAUGUUUUCAAUGUAUAUAGAUUUUAAUAACUCCGCUACAGUGAAAGAAAAACCUCGUAGAUUAAGUUCAAACUCUAGAAAAAGUACUAGUGAAACAAAAUGUAACAAAACAGAGAAAACAGAUAAUAAAGUUGCUCCUGCUGAUAUUACGACAACAGAGACAGAAUUGGACGAUAACAAGGGAACGUUCGAGUUGUACGAGUCUUUGUGCAAUAACCUUAAUAUACGCAUCUCUGAUAUAAUCGCAGAAACAAAUGUCGCACCCACGACCGAUUCAUCCGAACAAAAGUCCCUAGAGACCGUCGAAGAAGUGAAUGUUAAGCCCGAAAUAAAAACUGCACCUGUUAUUCACGAGGAAGUAGAGACAGCCGAGUCUCUGGAUGAAUUCGUAAAACUAUCCGAUUUAGAUAAGCCAGUACUUAAACCAGACAUAGAUCCCCAUAUUCCGGAGACCAAAAAGAACUUUGACGAUAGAAUGACGCGGUCUAUACCUGAAAACAAUUGGGGUGAGGUCGCCUACACCGUUACAUCGAGGUCCAUCGAAGUGAUAUCGUCUUUUCACUCUGAAAAUGCUCUCAGUUUGAAUAGACUCUUUCCACAUUUGAAAAACGAAUUCAGCAAGAGCAUGCCUAUAACGUUCUGUGGAAGGACUCGGUCGCCCUUUAAGUCUGGAGUACCAUCUAGUACCGGUGAAAUUGAUGAGACUUCGGAUGUUUCUGAGAUCAGUAGCGUGCAGAGCAGCAUGUGCAGAUCAGUCAUAGAGAACAGUACCACGGAGGACACCAGUCAGUCGUCGAAUAUAAUAGGCAAUAGUCAAUCUCGGCUUGGACAGGACUUGCUGAGAAUGUUCUUGGAGGAGAUAGCGCCUGACGUUAUAGUAGAGGUGUCAGGGAAACGUAUCAAGGCACACAAGUGUAUCCUGUCGUCCAGGUGUCAAUAUUUCGCUGGUAUCCUAAGUGGUGGUUGGGUCGAGAGCGCUGGUAACAUUAUCGUUCUUCCACCGUUCUCCUUCAACGUGGUACAUUUCGCACUAUGCCACAUAUAUUCCGGGCUCUCGACUAUACCGGACUCCAUAAGCAUAGUGGAAUUAGCCACCAUAGCUGACAUGCUUGGACUGGAGGGCUUGAAGGAGGCCAUCAUGUACACACUCAAAUCAAAGUACUGUCAUCAUUUUCAUACGCCCUGUCAAGUCUGCACGGCUGGCGUUUUGGAAUGCUUCCCUCUAUCAUCUGUGUAUGGCCUGGAUGAUUUGUACAGGAAAUGUUUGAGAUGGAUCACCAAACAUUUCUCCACCGUUUGGCCCACAAAGGCUUUCGCUACUCUCCCAAAAGAACUGCUCGACAAAUGCUACCAUGAACACUUGAACAACUUUAAGACGGAGAAUGUUAUUGAUACCGUAUAUGGAUGUGGGAUUACAGUGGCUUCGUUGCACAAUAGCAGAUGGGCGGAAAUCGUGGAGAACAUGUGUCGGCGGCUCGUGAACGCCGCGGCUCAGUUUCUGGCUAAGAACUUGCUUGACUUCUUCAAGCAGAUAGCGACCAUACCGGCGGACGCGCCGCACGCCGCCAAAGACGCUCUAGACAAUUGUCUAUCUGCAGCCAUCGAAUGGGCCCCGCCCGACGAAACCCUCAAAUCAUACGCCUUCCUAUCCAACGUGGUUUCCGAAAUUAAAUCCCAGCAUCUAUUCCAACCCGAUCUCAUCACGAAUAGCGACCAAAUAUGGCGGACGCUGGAGCAGAACAGCCUGCUAUACAAUAGCGCGACCACCUGGCGACUGCAAUGCGAGAGCGCAUUAGUUCGGGCUGCCCCCCGAGUAGUAGGCCUGCAGGCUUUCAAAGACCUGCCUCCAGAUCUCAGAAGGAGGCUUCGAGAGCUGGGCUGCAUCAUGUACGGCCCACAGGUCAUAGCGACCACCGCACACCAGGAACGGAAGAGCAGAAGCAAGACCGAGAAGGUCUCACCCGCGAACCGAAGCCUCGACAUGGAGAAAGUGCGCGCAUCCUUCGUCCCCUACAAAGCGAAGCCCGUCAACGUCAUGGGAUCCAUAGACGAGCUGAAGUGCAACGAAUACCGAGAUAUGAGGAAGUCGAAACGGAAUCCACCUAAGAUCAGAACGACGAAGGCUCAGGAGGAGCGAGCUAAGUACAAUCAGAGUAAGACGAGAACUCAGCCUGUGAAGCCCGUUGCGCCGAUAAAUUUCCAGAACACGAGGCCGAGAUACCUCGAUCCUAUUAGAAAGGAGAGGGAUAAAAAGUCUCCGGAGUCGAGUGAAUCUUCUCGGAAUUCGAGUCCGAUUAAGACGAGGUUCAGUCGUCUAGAAUCGAAGCGGGAGCACCGAAUGGGCGCGAUAUCUCAGGACAGUUUGGCUUCGACGUCGCGCCCUCGAACCGCGGAGCCCUCCACGGAUUCCCUCAGUGAGUCCCAAGUCAGCAACAAAUACGCCACCUACACGAAGGCCAAACACAAAAACAAAGGAUCCGUUGAGCAAUUACCAUCUAACAUCCAAGUGCUAACACACACGCAUGGCAAAACGAAAAUACCGGUGUACGUGAACCAAAAGCUUGGCCCCAACAACGGCCCAAAGCCCUACGAACCAUCGAAACCGAUCAAAAUACAUUCCCUAUCUAGUCACAACGGUACUAACCGUAACUGCCUCGGGAGUAGCCCUAGAACUAACAGACAGCACGAGUCUAGAAAAUUAACGGUCACAAAGAAUCCAUCCAUAUCCAUGUGCAAUUCGCUCCCGAACAAGGACUCCAAAAGUUUGAACGACAGAAAGACCAAGGAAGUCUCCCGGUCGUUGAUGAACGCUACAAAGUCCAGCUCAGCGAAGAUUGUACCAAAGGCGACCAAGGAGCCGGCAAAGAAGCCCACUAAAGCGGUCACAACCAAGAAGAACGGGAAACAAGAUGCGUAUAAUAACAACGGGUUCGCUUUGACCAAGGAUAUUCGCCCAGUGCCAAUCUAUGUGGAACCCCAUGAGAUACCUGUUCUAGAACGGUCGAGCACUUUCUCGAAGGACGAGCCGACUUUUGAUAAAAUGGAAAAUGUCGAUGACAAGGUGUAAUUUUCUCUACUCGAAGUAUAUUCCCUAUAGUUGGUCCACUACCAAAAAAGUGAUUUAAAAACCCAUUAGAAUAUAAUUACCAAAUGUAUAAUAAUCCGUUCCAGCUUUGAUGAAAUGCAAUAUUUACUGUAAAGGGGCUUUGCAAUGUGAAUUAUUAUCUCUCUUACCCUUACUAAUAAAUAUAUGCACACAGUGAAUACUUAUACUAGGUCUGCUUGUCUUUGCCUGUUACAAUAGAACCUUGAAAUGACAUACAAGGACAGGGAACUUUAAAUAAUUAUGCACUGCGUUAAUAUUUUUAUAAGUAAGGGGGUUAGUCUCUACUCUAUUGUAGAUUUGUAUUUUUAUUUAUUUAUUAUUUAUUAUUAAGCUUGAACAAUAUAAUCUCUAUAUUGAAUAUUUUAGGAAAAAUCUAAAAAUUCCACUUCCAAUAUAUCUAGAUUAUGUUGAUGUGUAUAUUUAUUAUUUUUAAGCUUAUAUCACAAUGAUAUUUACUAUUUUUUAAUUUAAUAAUUUACUAACUGUGUUAUUUUUACACGUCAAUAAAAUGAUGGGUAUAAAAUUACAAUAGUUGGGUCUACAUUUAAUAAUGUAUGAAUGUCCUAAGUUUAAUUACUUAAAUGGAUCGUGAAAACUGCAAGUCUAGUUUUUAGGGUUCCGCACCGUCAUAUUGAAACUUUGUUGUCCAUGUAUUCACAUCAUACAGGGUGCAAUUAAAUCUUGCCAAAU